AUGAGUAUAAAUAAUGAUCAACAACAAAAAUGGUAUUUCGGAAAUAUUUUAAAAAAUAAAAUCACAAACAACAACAGGUUCAGUGAAGCUUCCACUGCAUGUACGGAGGAUUGUUUCGGCUUCCCUGCCGUAUGUAUCUUUUUCGGUUAUUGUAAUUGUUACAGAUAUGGAUGGAAUGAAGAGAUGGUUGGGAUGAUGGAUGGUGCAACGAAAAAGAAAAAGAAUAGGAUGAUUUUUGUUGUUGUUUGGUGUUGUUCGUGGGAACAUGGAAUAACCUGA